CCCCCCUUGACCUGAUAUCUGGUGUAUCUUUCCUUCUUGUAUAAAUUUCCCAUCUUCCCUUAUCAUAUUCUCCUGGUUGCAAUUUCCAACUUCCAACAAUAUGAUCCUCCCCCCCAGAAACAGGCUGGCCCUGUUCCUGUUAUCCCUCUCUCUCCUCAUCCCCUGGGCAUCCAGCCGAGUCGUCCAGUUCGAACUGGACCUCACAUGGGAAGACGUGGAAGUGGCCGGGGCCGUGCGAAAGGCCAUCCUGAGCAAUGGACAGCUUCCGGGCCCCGCGUUGCGACUGAAGCAGGACGAUGAGGUUGAGUUCUUGGUGAAUAAUUCGUUGCCGUUUGGGACGACGGUGCAUUUUCAUGGCAUCCAACAACAAAACACCCCCUGGUCCGACGGCGUCCCCGGCCUCUCGCAGACGGAGAUCCAGCCGGGCGAUCAGUUCCUCUACAAGUGGACGGCCUCCGACUACGGCGCGUACAUCUACCACGCACACACGCGGGCUCAGAUCGAUGACGGGCUGUACGGACCCAUCUACAUCGAGCCUCGGGAGUCGGUCGAGCGGCCGUUUCAUCUCAUUGCUACGAAUCAAGCUCAGAGCCACGAGCUACAGGCCAUGCGGGACGCGGAGAAGAAGACGCAACCCAUCAUGCUGACGGAUUGGCGGGCGUUCACGUCGGAGGAGUUCCUGCAGAUCGAGAUGGCGUCCGGGCUGAACGGCUACUGUGCCAGUUCGGUGUUGAUCAAUGGCAAGGGCUCGGUGGUGUGUCCGUCUCGGGAGACGAUUCAGGCGCUGACGACCGACGCGCAGAGGGGGUUUUUGGAGGGGGGAGAGUUGACGGAUAUGGGAUGCAUGCCGCCCACGGCAUCCUUCGUGGGGGCGUAUGCGCUCGACCUCAGCCAAGCGCCCCGGGGCUACUACGAGGGCUGCACGCCGAGCGAAGGCCCCACGGAAGUCUUCCAUGUCGAGGCUGCGUCGCGAUAUGCCAGCUUCGACCUCAUCAGCAUGGCCGGGUCCACGGCGCUGGUCUUCUCGAUCGACGAGCACCCGAUGUAUGUCUACGCCGUGGAUGGCCGCUACGUCGAGCCGGUUCUUGUCGAGGCAAUCACCGUGCCCAUCGGGGCGCGGUACUCGGUGCUGGUGAAGCUGAAGUCGGAUCCUCUGGCUGCAGAAGAUACAACAGAAUAUACCAUCCGCGCGGCCAAUUCGUACGCCAACCAGCUCAUCAACGGGACUGCCCUUCUUUCAUACAACACCUCCUCCAAGGCCUCCUCCUCCUCCUCCCAACCCUACAUCACCCCAUCCGCCCUCAACGCCACCGCAACAACCACCUUCCUAAACGACAGCGCCAUCAUCCCCUUUCCCAUCCUCACCCCCUCCCCCGACACCACCCAAACCCACAUCCUCAACGUCGCCACCAUCAACACCUCCUACACCUGGACCCUCGGCAACACGAGCUACUCGCCCAACAACGACCUUCUCAGUCCCCCCGAGCUCUUCAACCUCAGCGCCAUCCCCGCGCAAUACGCCCUCACGACCCUCAACUCCACCUGGGUCGACAUCAUCAUCAACAUCACCACCGCCGGCCAGCCGCAACACCCCUUCCACAAGCACUCCAACAAGUACUUCGUCAUCGGCUCCGGGACCGAGCCCUUCGUCUGGGCGUCCGUCGCAGACGCGAUGCGGUCUAUCCCCGAGCGGUUCAACCUGGUGAAUCCGCCCCUGCGCGACACGGCUGUUUCGCCGGCGUCCGUGGAUGGUCCCGCUUGGUUGGCUAUAAGGUAUUUCGUCCAGAAUCCGGGGCCUUGGUUGCUGCAUUGUCAUAUUCAGAUGCAUCAUUCGGGGGGGUUGGCCAUUGCGGUCUUGGAUGGGGUGGAUGAGUGGCCGGUGAUGUCAAACCCAGUAUCAUCAUUCAGUAUUACGUCUACUUAGGUACCACCGUACCUGUCUGGACACCUUUUUAGCCGAGUGGUCUUUUUGAUCUGUCAGGUGGAG